AUGAGUGCAUACGAGCAGCUCGGACCUGCUGCUGGAGGAGCAAAUGUUCCACCGCCACCUGAUCAACAAAUUCCACCUGAACUGUUUACUGCACCAGGAGAGAUUGAUGCUCCUCCACCACCAGUUGAGCCUCCUCCACCACCAGAUGAGCCUCCUCCACCACCAGGCGGACCCUUUUCUCCGUCUUCACCGGCUAAAAAUGGGGCAUCUCCACAACCUGAUGCUAUGAAAGAUAAGAAUAAGAAGAAACAGGAUCAAGGUCCUACUCAAAAACGAGGAUCGAAACGACAUAUACAAUGGUGCCUGCUUGCUUCGUCAAUCUUCAUAGUUCUCUUAUAUACGGGUGGCCUAAUUUUCUUCAGAUUCCUUGAUGAAUAUUAA